CCAAGAAUCUUUCAUGAUGAUGAUGCCCUCAAAAUCUAACAAACCAAAACCAAAAAAAUAUUCACCUCUCUAUCAUCAUGAUUUGGAAUUGAAAUAACCUAACCUAAAUCCUAAAUUGAUAACGUUAUUUUUUCAUCACCUAGUUACGAAACUUCCUUAUAAAAUCACUUGUCUUUCUCUCUCUACAGUUACCAACCCUUCUCUCUUCUUCUUCCCACUUUGCGACCACCACCCCAUCUCUUUUUCUUUGCAAAGCUCUAAUCUUUAUCAUCAAUCUCUACUGAUUUUCACUUAUCUCGAUCUGGGUGCAUCGAUUUUCGAGAUUUGAAUCGGUUUUAUAUUCUGGGUAUUCUUCACUCUUGAAAAAGAUCUGAUUUUUCAUCGGUUUUCUUCGAACCCUUGUUUACCCAGCGGUUUUUGCGGCGUUUCGCGAUCUGGGUUUGGAGGAAAUCGCGGUUUUGAAUCGAAUAUGAGGAAACGAGAGAGGGAGAAUCCUUGUUCGGUUUGUGGGCACUAUCACAAGUAUGAAGAAGGGGAAGUUUGUGGGAUUUGUGGUCAUCGGAUUCCGGUUGGAUCAGAGAAAACUCCGAUACAAGGUAGCGCUUUUCCGUCGGUGAUUCUGCCGGAGUUUCUUUAUCUUGGAAGCUAUGAUAACGCUGCACGCGCUGAGCUUUUGAAGACUCAGGGGAUUUCACGUAUCCUCAAUACUGUCCCUUCAUGUCAAAAUCUGUACAAGAACUCAUUUACCUAUCACUGCCUCCCAGAUGACAAAACUUUGUCAUUUGAUGAAGCAAAUAAACUUUUAGAGCAAUGUGAGAAGGAAAAGGAGCGUGUUCUGGUUCAUUGCAUGUCAGGAAAGAGUAGGUCACCAGCUAUUGUGAUAGCGUACUUGAUGAAGUCUAGAGGAUGGAGACUUGCACAGAGUUAUCAGUGGGUAAAGGAACGGAGACCUUCUGUUGAAUUAUCGGAAGGUGUCAACCAGCAAUUGCAGGAGUACGAGCAAAUGAUUUUUGGAUCGGUUGAUGGUGGAAGCUCUCUGCCACCUACACUUCCUCCUUCACUUAGCUUUGGCUUCCCAAAGAUAAAUGAUUCAGCUCCACUUCCUGCCUUCAACCCUGGCGGAACUCCUUCAAUUUUCGCCCGUGCACCGUCAGACAUUGCUCCUGCUGAGUUUACAUUCGGAGCAGGUCCGAAUGGAAGCUGCCCACCGCCACAGCCGACACCAACACCUCCAAAUCCAAAUGGUGAUUACGGUUGGAUGACAUUUGGUCAAGGUCGCCUCCCUAAUUAGGCCACUUUGACGACGACUUGGCUUGUAGUGAGGUUUGCAGGGUACCUGGUUGCCAUAUUUCAUGUCAAGGUGCUGCAAUAAUCAUUAGUGACUUCCUGUGAAUUAUAUACAAAGUUCAUUUUCUCCUGUUAUUUAAAAUUUUCUUAGUUAUCUGGUUGUAGUUUUGAGCUAAGGCAUGUUUGCUGGCCUCAUGUGCCUCUGCCUCAGUAGAUCUGCACUAGACAUCAUUUCAGUUUUUGACAUUAUAAGCAAAAUUGAAAAUUCUAUCUAUAAAGUAUACAAAAUUAGACAA